CCAUGUGCCGCAGGUUCUCUUACAUCGACCGCCUAAGAGUCGCGCUGUAAGAAGCAACACCUCCUCCUCGUCUCCGCCAUCCUCCGGGAAGCAGCGAAGCAGCAACCAUGCGUGAGUGCAUCUCCAUCCACGUCGGCCAGGCUGGUGUCCAGAUCGGCAAUGCCUGCUGGGAACUCUACUGCCUGGAACAUGGCAUCCAGCCUGACGGCCAGAUGCCAAGUGACAAGACCAUUGGGGGAGGAGACGACUCCUUCAACACCUUCUUCAGUGAGACAGGCGCUGGCAAGCACGUGCCCCGGGCAGUGUUUGUAGACCUGGAGCCCACGGUUAUUGAUGAGGUUCGCACUGGUACCUACCGCCAGCUCUUCCACCCUGAGCAGCUCAUCACAGGCAAGGAAGAUGCUGCCAAUAACUAUGCCCGUGGCCACUACACCAUUGGCAAGGAGAUCAUCGACCUCGUCUUGGACAGAAUUCGGUCAGUGAUUAAUUCCUGUAACACUCUUAAAGGCUUCUGGUUAUUCCAUCAAGCUGCCAACCAGAUGGUGAAAUGUGACCCUCGCCACGGUAAAUACAUGGCUUGCUGCCUGCUGUACCGUGGUGACGUGGUUCCCAAAGAUGUCAAUGCUGCCAUUGCCACCAUCAAGACCAAGCGCAGCAUCCAGUUUGUAGACUGGUGCCCCACUGGCUUCAAGGUUGGCAUUAAUUACCAGCCUCCCACUGUGGUACCUGGUGGAGACCUGGCCAAGGUCCAGAGAGCUGUGUGCAUGCUGAGCAACACCACAGCCAUCGCUGAGGCUUGGGCUCGCCUAGAUCACAAGUUUGAUCUGAUGUAUGCCAAGCGUGCCUUUGUGCACUGGUAUGUGGGUGAGGGCAUGGAGGAGGGGGAGUUCUCUGAGGCCCGUGAAGACAUGGCUGCCCUGGAGAAGGAUUAUGAGGAGGUUGGUGUGGAUUCUGUUGAAGGAGAGGGUGAGGAAGAAGGAGAGGAAUACUAAUCUUUCAGCCCCUGAAUCAUGUCCAACUCCCAGAACUUCAGCUUCAACGCCAACUGAGUCAUUGAUGCUUUCGUGUUAACAUUGUUCUGUGAUCAUGUCUUUUCCAUGUGUCCUUGUAUGGUUUCCAUGAUGUCUCAAAGUAAAAGCUUUAAAGAAAAA